AUGUCUGUCACCGAGCCGGAAUUCCGGCGUGCUUUGGCCGAUUUUGUGUCGAGGAUCGAUCAGCUCGGUAAAACUGAACGAUGGACUCUGCACAAGUCGGACAUGGGUAUCUGCGCCAAGCAGUCUGUAAUGAUCAAAUGGAGAAAAGAAGCGGUAAACCGGCAAGUUCACGUCACCUACAACUCCACCUAUGGUGUCCCUGUGCUUUGGUUCAAUUUCUAUAGGCGAGAUGGAACGCCUUUAACAUGCUCUGAAAUUAUGGAAAUGUCACACAACGAGGAUUCUGAAAUUUCACAAUAUAUCUCUCUGAAUGAACACCCGAUUCUUGGCGUUCUUUUCUACAAUAUUCACCCGUGCAAAACCAAAGACAUAUUGAAUGAGCUCGACGGCAAAGGAAACUAUAUUGCAAAAUGGUUGUCUGUAUAUGGGGCGCCAAUUGGCCUCGCUCCGCCAGAUGCGUUGUUCACUUCGAAGGCGCUUUCGCAGCGCUCCGAAGACGCAUCCCAAAGCUCGGAUGAUGGUUCCCUGAGCACUCUCGAGAUGUAG